GCACAACGCAAUGGGGGAGCUCACGCACAUGGAUCUCACGCUCGUGUUUCCCAUUGUCGCGGGCGCGGCGAUUGCUCUCCUCCUGCUCAUGGCCUACUGCUACUUCAAGAGAAAGAAGAGGCCGACGCCCGCCGACGUCGAAGCCGAGCAAGAGCUCAUGCGCAACGAUCACCUUGGCAACCUCAACGGCCUCAAGCGCGGCGACAUGGAAGACCUUGGCGCCGAGAAGACCAAGUGGUCGUGUGGCAUCUGCGGCUUUCACAACACGGACGAGAAGCAGGCGUGCACACUCUGCGAGACGAGCCGAGGCAUCGCACUGGCGUCGUCGGCCAACGUUGCCGAGCGCACGACCACGAUUGAUGUUGUGCAGCUCAAUGCGCUCCAGCACGCCGCUUGGACACGCACGAUGUGGUUGCGCACGGUGCCGUCCGAGGCAGCGCCGACCAGCGUCUGGACACUCGACCCAGAGUUUGCCUCGGUAUCGACGACCACCACCACAUACUACACGUACACGCUCGUCACUCCGUCGGAGCCGCCAACUGGACCAGAGUCCGAGUCGGGGGACACGAACCUCCCAACGCUAGCCGCUCUCGAGCUCGUUUGUCUCACACCAGACGCGACGCCAGCCACGACCACGGUCACUGGCGAGACGAUCCCGGCGUGGUAUGCGGCGCAGGCGGCGCAGCUCCGGUCCUUGCCCUUCUCGCUCAAGUACGCGUGGAUGCUCGAGCAGAUGGCGGCGUCGUACGACUCUCGGAGCGGCUUUACGGUCGCGCGCGACCACGUUCUUGAGCAGUCGCUCGCCUUCUUGAUGCAGCUGCCGCCGACGGAGCUCUGCAGCACGACGCGCGUCACGAUGGCCGGCGAAGACGCGCUCGAUGCCGGCGGCGUCCAGCGCGAGUGGUACACGGUGCUCGCGCACGCCAUCAUGGACGAGUCGGCCAAGCUCUUUGUGGCGACGACGGACAACGUGUACAUGCUGCACCCGGGCGCGACAUCACCCGACGCGUUGGCCAAGAUCGAGGCCGUCGGACGCCUCCUCGGCAAAGCCAUCAUCGACGGCCAAGUGCUACCGAUGCGCCUCUGCGUUCCGCUCUUCAAAGCGCUUCUCGGGGCGCCCGUCUCGGUGCGCGACGUCUGGUACAUGGACGAGACGACGUACAAGAGUCUGCAGUUUGUCGAUGCGACCGAGACGGUCGAAGCGCUGGCGCUGGACUUUAGCGUGCUCGUGCCGACGAUCGAUGGCGGCCACGAUGUGCUCGACUUGAUUCCGAACGGCCGCGCGAUUGACGUGACGAGCGCCAACAAGCAAGCGUACGUGGAUGCGAUGGUGCGGCACCUGGUCUGCGGUCGGUGGUCGCAGCAGAUCGGACGCCUCGUCCGCGGCUUCUACACGGUGCUGCCACCCGAGCUCGUCUCUGUGUUUGACUACAAGGAGCUGGAGCUCGUGCUCUGCGGCACGGCCGAGAUUGACGUGAGCGACUGGCGCGCGCACACGAUCGUGUCGCGGUCGCUCCAGUGCACGAACGCGCUCGAGUGGUUCUGGGACGUGCUCGAGUUUGACAUGCGCCCCGAGGACCACGCAAAGUUCCUGCACUUUACGACCGGCUCGUCGCGCGUGCCGUUGCAAGGCUUCAAGGGGCUCACGAGCUACGACGGCAAGCUCUGUCUCUUCACAUUGCACGCGACAUCGUACAGUCGCGGGUGCCUCCCCAAGGUGCACACGUGCUUCAACCGCAUCGACCUGCCACUGUACCCGAGCCGCGGCCUCAUGAAGGACGCGCUCUUUACGCUCUUGCGGCUCGAGUCGAUGGCGUUCACGCUCGAGUAGAUAUUACUCCAUGUGAUUAUUGGUACUAGUACGAUGGAAUGGGAUUAUUGAGUUGAAGCAGG